GCUCGUGUUACUACUUGGUGUUUGGUCUUGCAGAGGUCGAGAAAAGAAGGGCGGACACAUCGAAACGUCAGCGCGCUCUGAGCUAUAAAUCCCUGCAAACCGCCCUCUGCGCCCGUGUACACCCAGACAGCUGCACAUCUGUGCCGUCAGUCCGCUCUGCUGAGCCCGCAUGUGGACAGUUAUCACUCUACUCUCGGGCACACCACUUGGAUAUAAGAAAAAUGGAGAAUAGAAAUUGUCCGUAUUUUUGGAUACGAUGUCAACGUCAUAGACCUACUAAGGUUUGGAGAUCAUGAAAACAUUAAGUGUGCCACGAGCGCGUAUUUUGCUCUGAAGGAUACAACAACAGAAGCUGUUGAUUGUCUUUUCUCUCAUUUUGGGUUGAUAACACAUUAGACUGCUCUUCGUAGAGGUGUCAUUCCGUGUCCCCUCUGCGCCUAAGCGACCCGCUCGUGCGCCUGGAACGCUUAUGUCUUCAUCUGAACCCUUGCAGUUGGAGAUGGUGGCUCUCUCUAGGAUUCCCAAAGUGGAAACGUAGCAUCUUAUUCCUUUUCGACUGAGUGCCCAGGGAGAGCGCGGCAGCACUUUUGGCUAUUCCCUUCAGCGCGUACCUGUGGAGAGACGCGUGGUUGGGCGCACUGUGCGGAGUCCAACUGAAGCAUUCUUCAAGCGUCAAUUCUCACUGAGCGUCAUUCUUACUUUUCCUCGGACGUUGUUCAUGAAUUUAUUUUUGGAUGAACAUUUCGCAUCCUGGUUGUUUACGUGGAGAUAGACAGUACGUACAACCUUUGGAUACAACUGUUUCUAAAUAACAUUGGAACAUUAAUGCAUCGCCGUGUGUGGAUUUUGAAAGUGAUAUCUAUUACGGGUCUACAUGGGCCAGAUUUAAGAUUCCUCCAUAGGAACUGAGUCUAAGAUGAAGUUAUGGGAUGUUAUGGCCACGUGUUUGUUGCUCCUGAGCUCUGUCUCCACGCGCCCCCUGUACCAGAACCUUCCCUCCGCCCAGAGAGCUCACCCCAGGGACCACUACAUUGAAUCUCUGUCCAUGUCGGUGGAGGAACCAGAGAUGGAGUCCCUCAGUCUGCAGGAGAUCUCAAUGGAGGAGCAAUAUGACAUCACAGGACCAUACCCGGAGCAGUUUGAUGACGUAAUGGAUUUUAUCGAGGCUACCAUCGGCCGGCUACGACGGUCCUCCGAGCCCGACGGUGGCGCUAGAGGCAGAGGAGGGCAGACGAAGCAGAGAGGGGCGACAAACACGGACUUGGACGGGGGAGGAGGAAGAGGGCGCCGGGAGAGGAAGAAGGGGCGGGGACGCAAGGGGAAAGGGCGUGCUGAGAAGGAGAGGGAGAAGGAGAGGGAGCGGGCGGUUCAGAGCAGGGGCUGCCUGCUGAAGGAGGUCCACCUGAACGUGACAGACCUGGGGCUGGGCUACCAGACCAGGGAGGAGCUGAUCUUCAGGUACUGCAGCGGGCCUUGCUCCGACGCCGAGACCAACUACGACAAGAUCCUCAACAACCUCACCCACAACAGGAAGCUGGACAGGGACACGCCAGCCCGCACCUGCUGCCGGCCAAUCGCCUUCGACGAUGACCUCUCCUUCCUGGAUGACAACGUGGUGUACCACACCCUGAAGAAGCAUUCCGCCAGGAGGUGUGGCUGUGUCUGAGAGCAGAUGAUUGGCUGGUGCGAGCGUCGUGCGUCGGGUGGCAGUGGCCCCCCGUGUCUGGAGACAGACACGGGUGGAACCAGGGCGACCCUGGACUCCAUUCUCCCACCUCCAGAACAGGGGCUGCUGCCGAACACAGUCCCCCAGCAAAGGCCCUAGUGGUGGGGCCAACUCAGAGCCCCGGAAGGCCCCGGUGCUGGUGGACGGGGGCCUCUCUGCUAUGGAAGGGCUGGCUUUGACUGACAUUCAUCACAGAGGAUGAAACAGUUACAGAUCUAUCAAAGGGGAAAUGAUGUAUUCUCACACAAGUCAUCAUUUACUUCCCUGAAAAUCCAGACCAAAACGGGACCGGUCCAUCAAACAAGUGAUUCUGACACACAGAAUCUUGAGUGUGUGUGUUUGGGUCACAUGGACACUCGCGUUUAAGCUUUCAGUGAGCGUGCGGCUACACCCACAACCACGUCUCCUCCUGAGCUCCCGAGAGACCAGACUGAACCGAGAGACACCGUCUCCUUGAAGAUGGUCUGCUUCACCCUGAAACUCAUAUCAGGGUGUUUUGUUUUCUUCCCCGGGAACAUCGGCUUUCCCGCCGGGAGUGUUCCCAGCUGCGGAACCGGAGUGCUCCGGUUCCAGGACAGGAACCCGAGCGUAACGUUUACAUUCAGAACCAAGGAGGACGAAACGAGCACAGAGAACUCUCCACCUGUGGACUCGUCCUGUUAGAGAGACACUCCCCAGUGCAUCGCAUUACAAUGUACAAUCCCAACCAUUUACAAAUAUAUAUAUAUAAAUGAGAAAUGUAUUUAUUAAGAUUGAAUUAACUUAUUGUUAUUUAUUGCAGUCCAUUUUUAACCAAGACAUGUUUUUGUUCUUCUAAUUUAUUGAAGCUAUGUUUUGUCCUGAACCGUGCCAAAACAGAGCAUGCGUUUUAAAGGGAUGUCAGUUUGUGGUGAAACAACCGGAAUGAAGGUGCCAGGCAUAACUAAUCAAUCUGAAUCAAAGUGCAGCCAUAAAUAAUCAAAUUCAUCCCUUCGUGUCCGACGCUGUCGCGUCAUCCUCUCUGAGGUCCGAGUCCACGGCUCAUUUCAAAACACAGGAUUUAGAAGGAAGGUUCAGGGAGGGCAGAGAGAGACAGGGAGAAAGAAAGAGAGAGAGAGAGAGAGAAAGAGAGAGAGGGGGACAGAGAGACAGAGGAGUGGACCAACAUAACCUUUUAAACUAGAAAAAUCUUAUCUUUGCUUUAAAUCAUCGUGAAGGAUGUCAGGUUGGAGUGUCUUUGACGGAGCACCUCGUUGUAACUAAUAGAAACCAGAAAGGAGGAGGCUCUGUUUUGGGGGCUGGGGGGGUUGGGGGGGGGGGGGAGAAGCUAUCAUCUCCUGCUGCUUCUGCCUAGUCUGGGUAAACAGUGUUCUGGCCACAGUCUGGCGUGCCAUUCUAUGUUUACAACAAAGCAAAUGCAUCCUGUCUUCUGUUUAUUGUCAAGGCAUGAUGGAAUCAAUAUUCCAGAUUGCUACGUGGGUAUUUGUCUGACAACUCUGUGUCAGAAUCGAUAGGAAACAUCUGCUUUCCAAGCUGCUGAACCAAGAAACCUCCGUGGGCUCAGCCUCAGAGCCUCGUCUCAAGUCAAUUCAGCUGUUCUCAAAAAAGUUACGUUAUAAAUAUAUAUUUUUCCACUUAAGUUCCUACAUGAAGAGACCAGGUAUGAAAGGAAAUUGGUCACCUCGCGACCUGUGUCAACCUUGAAAGGUGCCCCAACUGUACGUGGUGGACUCAUUGUCGUCUGACAAGCACAGCACAGGACUCUGUGGCAUGCCUGGCCUCCAUAGCGUGGCAGCUCAACCCCUUUGGCUCCACACCAGCUCUGAGCCUUGACUUUGUAGUGGUUCCUGUCCCAGCGGGCCCCCACGGGCCCCCAGCGUUACUGAGAUGGCCCCCCAGUCUCCAGCCUGACAGACAGGUCUGUCUCCCUGAUCUGGGGGUUGAAAGCGAUCCCAUAACGGCAGGCUUAACCAGCUAGUCCUUGUGGAUGAGGCACCCCAGCGCUUAAGACCAUUUAAGGAAGAUCUGGCUCUGGCUCUUUUUAGCCAAGCUGAGGUAAAUGUCUUAAGAACCAGACAAAGCAGAGCUGACAGACGUUGUUUGUGACAAUACUGAGAGAAGGGCUCGAGGAGGGGUAACAGCGUUCUGAGCUAAGAGGAAAGCAACGUGGCCUGAACACGAAUGUGAAUGUUUUUCUGAAGGUUGUUACGACAUCCGUUGUUUGUAGGGCAGCUCUAAAGUGAAAACUUAGAGCUCUGAGGUAGGCCUUGAUUGUUAGCGUGGAUUGCGGACUAGAAUAUAGUGCUCUUCCAGCAGCAAGCAAGUCAUUUUACUUGGUAAUCCACCUCACACACAACAAAUCCUACAAGAUGAAUUUAGGCCAAUCACAGCAGGGCCCCACCUGCUCCUUAUCACAGCAUACUUUAUCAAUUGGAACUUCUUUCUUCAGCUAUGAUUUGUGUGCUGGUCCCUAUCAGAUGAGAAAGUGCAGACAGAUUUCCCAGCAUCCCCCUGACACCCAUGUGACCACUAGCCCUCUCUAUCUUCAUCAAGUUAUUUAUAUAUAUAUAUAUUUUUUUCUACCUUUAUUAAACCAGGCCAGUCCAUUUAAGAACAUAUUCUCAUUUACAGUACAGUAUUGGCCUGGCAAGAGACUAAAUACUUCUCGUAGGGACAGGAAUUCUGAAAAAAACGAAAUAAAACCAACUAUGUAAAUGGAGGUACAGAGCGACAGGGCUGUUUACUCAGCGAAGCGUAGCCGUCCUGCCACGCGCUCGUUCCUCAGCCUGUGUCGGUGAGCUCACCGUGCGUAGACAGAGGGUCAGGGUAGCGUCUUCGUUUAUCAAUCGCCGAGAGAGAGAAAACAAGCGGAGGGUGCCGCGUACCACAGUCUGUCUCUGCCCCCUGUAACAACGUUGCUCUUGGGAACAAGCUGCUUUAUCGCCAGCCCGCGUUGUGUCACCGCCUCCGUGAAAUAACUGUCAUGUCGUCUCACUUGUUUUGUGUUACUGAACCAAAAGCUCUCGACAAACUUUAUUUUUGUACAAUUAUUCAUUUUAUAAACUUUUUACAGAAUUAAACUUGUUUCUAUUAAACACGUGUGGCUGUGCCGUGAUCUCAACCUUGUCAGACAACAAAACAGGUGAUGGAAUUUCAGGGGUGUGUGCAGGUGUGUGUUAGCGGUUGUAGGGGUGUGUAGGUGUUACAU